UGGCAGCUAUAGGUCUGCGGUGAGCCGUGAAUAGGGCGACUAUAUAUUAAACUAGGAAUUUACGAGUAACCUACGCGAAAUGCAGACUCUCUCAGCCCACCGUGUUGCGGGUGGCCGGCCGUUCACGGCUGUGCGGCCUCUGCCUGCAGCUAGGCCAAUGCAGGUUGCAGCACCGCGCCGUGCUCCCUUGCAAAUUAUGAACCUGCGUGUCAACAACGUGGAGAUUCCCAACAGCAAGCGCAUCCAGUGCUCGCUGCAAUACAUUUUCGGCAUUGGUAACACUACGGCCAUAGCGAUUCUGCGGGACGCGGGUAUUGAGAACAAGAAGACGUAUGAGCUGAAUGAGGAGGAAAUUAACAAGAUUAGGCAGGAGGUGGAGAAGUACACGACCGAGGCUGACCUGCGCCGCAUUGUGGCCCAAAACAUCAAGCGGUUGAAGGAUAUUGGCUCCUACCGUGGACGUCGCCACAUUAUGGGCCUGCCGGUGCGAGGCCAGCGGACAAAGACCAACGCCCGCACACGGAAGGGCAAGGCCAAGACGGUUGCGGGCAAGAAGAAGGCCGUCAAGUAAGCGGACGUGGGCUAGUAGCGGCCAGCCGUGGCUGUGCAGCGGCAGGUGGAUAGCGCUCAGCUGGAGCUAGCGGCAUGUCGGUCGGGCGCUUUCUUGUGACGCGUAUGAUCCUGGUAACCAGAUGUUUGCCCCUAGAGGAGACGCUUACUUGGGCUUUAGGGAUUGAGAAUGGUUUUGAUGAAGCGGUUUGGAGCGGGGUCUAUCUUAGCAUCGAUAGUCGUGGGUUUGCCGGUGCAAGGCGAGAGAUUCGUGCUUUUUGGGGCUGUGGUAGCACGCAUUGAAGUCUGUAUCAUCAACUUUAACGGUUAUGUCUGGCCAGACAUUGUAUGGUUAUGUCGAACCAGGCAUCUUAUUCCUGUAACAUUCGGGUGUGUGUUAUCGUGUCU